UGGACUACAAUUUAAUUACCUGAUCCCUUCAAUGGAUUCACUAGACUCUAGUGUCAUUAUAGCUGGACAGAAGCUCUUUAUCCUACAAGGAGACAGGCCUCACUCACUCCAGUGGGAGAAAUAUGGAUUCAGAUUAGAGUGUCCUCAAGGAGCAGUGUCCAAGGAUACUGAAGUAGCUGUUACUGCACUAGCUGGUGGUAAUUUCAAGGUACCCAAAGGUACUGUGCUAGUGAGCGCAGUAUAUGCAAUAUCAGUAUCUAAGGCACUAUUAAAACCACUGAUAAUAGAGCUACAACAUUGUGUGGAUCUAAGGAACACUAGUCAGACUGGUUGUCUCAAGUUUGUGAGAGCUCCACUGAAGUCUCCUUACCAGUUCAGUAUAGUUGAAGGAGGAUCUUUUAGAGUUGGGGAAAGAUACGGAUCAAUAAAGCGUGAGCAGUUCUGUUGUAUGGGUAUUGUAGCUGAGAUGAGUAAUGGAGACACACCUAGUGACAGUGAGAGUGAGGAAGGUUAUGAGACACCACCUGAAGGAUCAACUGAUGACACACAUAAUGAUAGUAGUAAUGGAGCAAGGGAGACUAGUGAGAGAACUGCCUCACCAAUAAAUACUGGACUAUCUCAAGAAUCAGUAACUGAUGACUCUAAUCAAAAAGUACAAGAAGUUAUGUCUACUUCUAGUUUUGUAUUAUUAGGUGCAUCUAAUGUUAGCAAUGAAUCAACUGAAGAUGAAGUAAAACAAAAACCAAAUGAAGACAAAGGAGUCACUCUACUGUACACUGGAAUGAUGUAUCAUGAAGAGAAGAAAGUUAAUCAAUGGAUGACUACAUUUUCUGUUGUUAGAGAUUUAGAAGUCCUUCAGCAAUAUUUAAGGAAUGAGCAUCCUAAAGCUGAAAAAGAUGGUCCAAUUGUUUCAUUCAAAUACAAUCAACCUGAUGGUAUCCUUCAGUUGUGUCUACAAGAUACUCCAUCACUUGAAUCAGGAUGGACUGUACAUCCUGACCAAUCCCCAAUGCAAAUACAUCAAUAUGUAGUGGACAAGUUUAUAGACAAUCCUAUGUGUUCCAGUAUCCAUAUAUCAGUGUAUGCUGAAACUGGUGUUGCUAAAAAGCCACUUCAUUGCCCCAUUGAAUUAACUGGGAUAGAUCCUUCAAAAAUUGUCUACAUCAACAAAUCACCUCCUGCUCCUCCUCUAUCAAUGAAUCCUAUCUCCUCUAUUGUAGUACAUGAAUCAACGUCAGUAUCAUCCACUGAAGGAGCUAGUCCAUCAGCUCCUGCUGAUGUCAAUAAAGUAAAGAAAGUGAUUGAUGAUGUUCUUGUAUCUCAUUAUGCUGAUCUCAAUUCUCUUAAGACAUCUCUCUCAGAUCUUGCCAGUCAGUUAUAUGCAGCUCAUCUUAUUAGUGAUGAAGUCAGAGAGACUUGUAGCAUGGAAAAGUUCAUUACAGAGUUCAAGGCUAGUCUUAAUUUCAAGAGGAAGUUACCUCAAGUGCAGGAACACUGUCAAAAGUUCUUAGACUCAUUCAUUGCUGUAAGAGGCAGUUAUGCUGAUGCAGCAAUAGCUUUAGGUGAGGACUGGAUUGAAGCUGUUAGUGAACUGGGACUUGAUUUUAAUAUUAAUAUUAAUACUUAAUGAUUUUG